AUGUCGUCGUCACCUUCACCAUCUCCAACUCCGUCUAGACGUGUUGUUGGCAACAAAGUGAUUUUAACUAUCGAUUUGGUGUCCUUAGUGAUUGGGCUCUAUGGCAUGCAGACCAACAUCUUGACCAUCGAGCUUCCAGACCAUUUGGCUGAAGCUGGCCACUGGCAGUUUCUCACCAACCUUUCGCUUGUAUACUCGCUCUUCGUGUUUCUCAUCGGGUUUGUAGCCCACUUAACCAAGUCCGAAUUGUUGUUCGACUUCAAGAACAAUAUUCAUCCCAUGGGUCUUGCACUCGAAAGCAUCGUCACAAUGAUCUACUGGCCCCUUCGUCUCUUUUUCCUCCACCUACUAGUAGGAGAGCCCUCAAAGUUCAAACUUCCCUUAUCAACAGACUUGUCGAUUCAUUUGAUGCCCGUGGUGUCUUUGCUCAUCGACUACUUUGUAUUCAUGCCUCGGUGGACCAUCAAAACUACCACAGCUCUCGGGCUUGUUUUGUCGUUGACUCUGGGCUACUGGUUCUUGCUCAAGAACCUCAUCGACGUCACAAAGGGAGCAAGAUACCCCUACGCCUUCUUGGAUGUCGACUCGGAUGAAAAGAGAAUGGUGGUAUUUGCCAUGGUGGCUCUUGUAGCAUUCGCGCAGUUCUUGAUAAUGCGCAAAUUAUACGACGUAGUGGUAGUCUACAAUGAGAAGCUCGACGACAAGAUCGACAUGGAACUCGAUUCGUUCGAGAGGAAAUCGAAGAAGAUCGACUAG